UCCGUGGAUCACUGGACGGAAAUGUCUGACUUGGUCAAACCUCUGACGUCCUUCCUCAUCGAGGACAUCCUGUCCGUCAGGGACGGCGCGAGGUUUAAUGGCAAGUGCUGCUCACAGAAGAUGGAGAGAUGUUUGCAGUGGAAGGAGGAAUCUGAAAACCAGAGGGAGGAACUCUGUCCUGGGGAGACGGUGACGGGAGUAGAGACAGACUCUCUGGACACGUCCUGUCCCAGCACCUCAGAGUCCUGCACUUUUUCCUCCUCGGGGAAACAGAGGCGCUCCAGGGCGGCGUUCACGCACCUCCAAGUCCUCGAGCUGGAGAAGAAGUUCAACCAGCAGAAGUACCUGUCCGCUCCAGAGAGAGCUCACCUGGCCAGCACCUUAAGACUGACCGAGACCCAGGUGAAAAUCUGGUUCCAGAACCGGAGGUACAAGACCAAACGGAAGCAGCAGAUGUCCGAGUUCUGUAAGGACGUGGAGAAAAGUUCAGAUGGACUCAGGGAGGACUUGGUCCGAUCGUCGCUGAUCUCGUCCUUCUGCAGAGCGUAUCAGUACAGACCAUACCUGUGGGAUUACAGUGGCCCCUGGGGGCCCACAUUAUGGUGA